GAAAAAUAGCUAUCCUGUACCAUUGAUGUUCCGGUCGUAUAAGUAUGUCUGUUCAUCCUACAACUUUGAAGACACAUCAGCAAAUGAUCAUUCCAGGCUGGUGUCAGUUAACUUGUAGCGAAACAAGAUGUUGUGAAUCAGAUGAACACGUUAAAGGUCCUCUGUCUUAAGAGAAAUAUGUCUAGCAGAUAAUAGAUGUGUCUGUUCAAGACAUCGUUUAGACAACCCUGGUGACGAAGAACAAACAUCAAUGCAUUCUUGUGAGAAACCUUUCAAAUGUGGGAUGUGUUUAAAGUGCUUCUCUCACAAGUGUCAGAUUAUUCAGCAUAUGUUGAUCCACACUGGAGAAAUACCAUAUCAGCGUGAGGUGCGCAGAAAGUGUUGUCAUCGGAAUAAGGACUUGAAACAGGAUAUGUUGAUUCACACUGGAGAAAUACCAUAUCAGCGUGAGGUGCAUAAAAAGUGUUGUCAUCGGAAUAAGGACUUAAAACAGGAUAUGUUGAUUCACACUGGAGUUCAGCAAUUCAAAUGUGAGGUGUGUGGAAAAUGUUUCUCUCGUAAUACUAACUUAAACCAACAUAUGUUGGUUCACACUGGUAUUAAGAAUUUCAAAUGCGAAGUAUGUACAAAAUGUUUCUCACAAAAUACCCAACUGAAACAACAUAUGUUCGUUCACACUGGUGUUAAGAAUUUCAAAUGCGAAGUAUGUACAAAAUGUUUCUCACAAAAUACCCAACUGAAACAACAUAUGUUGGUUCACACUGGUGUUAAGAAUUUCAAAUGCGAAGUAUGUACAAAAUGUUUCUCACAAAACCACCAACUGAAACAACAUAUGUUCGUUCACACUGGUGUUAAGAAUUUCAAAUGCGAAGUAUGUACAAAAUCUUUCUCACAAAAUACCCAACUGAAACAACAUAUGUUGGUUCACACUGGUGUUAUGAAUUUCAAAUGUCAGGUAUGUGCAAAAUGUUUCUCACUAAAUAUGAACUUAAAACAACAUAUGUUGGUUCACACUGGUGUUAAGAAUUUCAAAUGCCAGGUAUGUGCAAAAUGUUUCUCAAUCAGUAGCAGCUUGAAACGACAUAUUUUGGUACACACUGGUGAAAAGAAUUUCAGAUGCGAAGUAUGUGCAAAAUGUUUCUCACAAAAGACCGAAUUGAAACAACAUAUGUUUGUUCACUCUGGUAUUAAGAAUUUCAAAUGCAAAGUAUGUGCAAAAUGUUUCUCACAAAAUGUCAACUUAAAACAACAUAUGUUGAUCCACAUUGGUGUUAAGAAUUUCAAAUGUCAGGUAUGUGCAAAAUGUUUCUCAACCAAUAGCAGCUUGAAACGACAUAUGUUCAUUCACACUGGUGUUAAGAAUUUCAAAUGUGAAGUAUGUGCAAAAUGUUUCUCACAAAAGACCGAAUUGAAACAACAUAUGUUUGUUCACACUGGUAUUAGCAAUUUCAAAUGUGAAUUAUGUACAAAAUGUUUCUCAAGUAAUCGUAACUUGAAACGACAUAUGAACAUUCACACUAGUGUUAAUAAAUUUAAAUGUAAGGUAUGUACAAAACGUUUCUCACAAAAUAACACCUUGAAACAACAUAUGUUGGUUCACACUGGUGUUAAGACUUAAAUGUGACAUAUGUGCAAACUGUUUUCCAAGCAAUAUCAACAUGACACGUCAUAUGUUGGUUCACUCGUAUAAUAAACCUAUCACGGUUAUCAGCUGAAACGCCAUCUGUUAUUCAUAUUAGUCAGACCUAUUUCAGGUUUUAUCAAAUGACACCACCUGUUCAAGUUAAUUAAAGAGGUCUGUAGCUCAGUAGUAAUGUGAUGGGUUGUAAGACCUAUUUCAGGUUUUAUCAAAUGACACCACCUGUUCAAGUUAAUUAAAGAGGUCUGUAGCUCAGUAGUAAUGUGAUGGGUCGUCAGACCUAUUUCAGAUUUCAUCACUCACACUAGGCCACCCUUCCCGUAACUUUCAAUAAUAUCAGUAAUAAAGAAAAAGGCAAAA